AGAGUGGUUGGCGACUAUAUCUGCUAUAAAAACUUUCAAAUCUCAUUUGUGGAAUCAUAAUAUAUACCAGAUUGCUUGCCUUCUUUUCAUUCACAUUUCCCAUAAAUAUAUACAUUAAUUAAAGAGUUAAUCAUGGCAGCUUAUGGAGCUCUGGUUUCUCUUAUGAAUAUCAUAGAUCGGCUUGAAAAUCAUCCUUCCCCUCCAAUUUCUAUCCACAAACAGCAAGUUGAAUCUCUCACUCAAAAUGUUACCUUCUUGCAGGAAUUUCUUGAUGGUUAUAUUUCCCCAGUUGUCGAUGACCAUGAAGGGGAUCCAUUCGAGCGUCGCAUUGCUGGUGCAGUUUAUGCAGCUGAGGAUGUCAUCGAAUCCCAAAUUGUGCUUCAAAUUCAUAACCGAUCCACAAUUCGUGGGAAGAUGUCCAGUUUUAUCAAAUUGUUUCGAGCUCGGUGCAAAUGCGCAACAAAUGAUAGAAAUGCAGCUGAGGACUUGUAUCACCAUCUACAACAAGUCAUAGAAGAAAUGAAUUUGAUCAAGAAGGAAGCCAUGGAGAUUGCAACCGCAGCUGAUCAACCGCAGAGAAAGGUCUCCUCAACUCAUGCUGGCUCCUCUUCCACAGUGAAGGAAACCGUGAUGGUGGGCUUCAACGAGGUGUUACUUGAAGUGCUGGAUAAGCUCACCGGAGGCCAACUCAGUCGCCAAAUCAUCCCAGUUAUGGGGAUGGGCGGCAUUGGUAAGACCACUCUUGCCCGACAUGUAUUUGAGCAUCCGCUUGUUAAAGAGCAUUUUGAUAUUUGUGCUUGGACUACAAUUUCUCUAACUUAUAAUGUUAGAGAAACUCUAAGAGAAGUUCUUUUCCAAGCAAGUGGAAAUUCAGGUAGUGAUCUGAGUGAGGACGAAUUGGGAUUGAAACUAUAUCAGUAUUUAUGGGGUAGGAGGUAUCUCAUAAUUAUGGAUGAUAUGUGGAGUACAGAGGUGUGGGACAAGAUCAGGUCUUCCUUUCCUGAUUGUAAUGAUGGGAGUCGAAUAAUCGUAACAACAAGGAUGUCGAACUUGACUUCGCAGUUGGGUGAGUCUUAUGGCGUUGGUAUGAAAUUUCUAGAUGAGGCUAGUAGUUGGGAUUUGUUUUGCAAGACUGUGUUUGGGGGCGAUUGUUUCCCUCUUGAAUUGGAGGAUAUUGGAAAGAAUAUUGUAGCAAAUUGUAAAGGGCUUCCUUUAUCAAUUGCUACAAUUGGAGGUCUUUUGGCAAAAUCUGAGCACACUACAGAAUAUUGGAUGCGUAUAGAGCAAAAUUUAAAUUCAAUUGUCAUUACGAAUAAUGAUGAAUUUUGCUUGAAAAUAUUGCGGUUGAGCUAUACUUAUCUGCCCAACUAUUUGAAGCCAUGUUUUUUGUAUAUGGGUGUUUUUGAGGAAGAUCGUAGAAUUCGCGUCUCAAUGUUGAAAAAGCUAUGGGUUUCUGAAGGAUUUUUAAAACCCGUGAAUGGAAAAUGUUUGGAAACAAUAGCAAAAGAGUACUUGAAGGAAUUGGUAGAUAGAAAUCUGAUUUUAGUUGAUGAGUUGGGAUUUAGGGGAAAUGUAAAGUUUUGUAAGAUUCAUGAUUUGUUGAGGGAUUUAUGCUUAAAAGAAGUUGAAAAGGAGAGGUUUUAUCAUAUCAUAGAAAAGAGUCCUUCAGUCAUAGAUAACGAAUGUCGUCGGGUUGUUUUUAAAAAUGCUGGAAGAAGGGUAAUACGUGAAGUUUCGAGAUCUUUGUCACAUGCUCGUUCUAUAAUAUGUGAUAACCAGGAGAAAAACUUUGAAAGGCCUCAUAAUUUUAGAUUGUUGAGAACAUUCAAAGCAUAUGAUAGAGAUACACGUGAAUAUGGAUAUGGUGUUCAUUUCCUAGGCGAUGUUUUUCAAUUGGUGAACUCACGGCACCUUGCUGUUAGACUCAAUUGGAAGUCCAAAUUCCCAUCUUCGAUCAAUUUCCUCUGGAAUCUAUAUACGUUAAUAGUUGAUCAUUUUUCACUCAUUGGGUCCUGGGAUAUGAAAAGAUGUAGUAUUGAUCGUCGUUUGCAGGAUCAUCUUAUUGCACCAAUUGAGAUUUGGAAAUUGCAUCAACUUAGGCAUCUCGAGUUUGUGGGUACAACAAAAUUGAUUCUACCAGAUCCUCCGAGUGAGAUGGUUAUCAUGGAGAAUCUACAAACGCUCAAAGGAGUAAUGAAUUUGUAUUUGAAUGAGGAGGUGGUUCAAAGAAUUCCCAAUCUCAAGAAAUUGCAUCUAAGUUACAAAUCCGAAGAAAUGGAGGGUUGUCUCAUCAAGAGCUUGAGUGAAUUGAAACAAAUGGAGAAAGCCAACUGUUUCAGCUAUCUUGAGUGUCUGAUUAAAUUGGAAAACUUGUAUUGUGGCUUCUAUUAUGGAUGUGAUGAUGAGUAUUUGCAGAGGAUUAGUUUCCCACACUCCCUCAAGAAGUUGAAGUUAUCUCUCAAUAAUCUGGAGUUGGUAGAGAUAUUACAAAAGAUAGGGUGUUUGCCCCUUCUUCACAAGUUAGUAUUAUAUGGUGGUACCUUCCAAACAGGCAAGUGGGACACUAUUGAGGGCCAAUUCCGGAGCCUCAAGUUACUAGAAUUGAACUGGUGUAAGGGUCUAAAAAAUUGGACGAUGGCAGAGAGCUCCCACUUUCCAGUUCUCCAGGAGCUUCGUCUGCGAGAUUUGAAAGAAUUGGAGGAGAUCCCUUCCGAAGUUGGAGAAAUAGCAACGCUGAAGUCAAUUACUUUGGAACAUUGCAGUGAAUCAGCAGUAGUGUCGGCUAAAAAGAUAGUAGAAGAACAACAUGAUUAUUAUGGAGACCAACUUGAACUUCAUGUUCGAGCUAUACUUUGGCACAGAGACGAAAGACUGCAGAGGUUGGCAAGUCCCAACUUUGAAAAAGAGUUAAUCAUGGCAGCUUAUGGAGCUCUGGUUUCUCUUAUGAAUAUCAUAGAUCAGCUUGAAAAUCAUCCUUCCUCUCCAAUUUCUAUCGACAAACAGCAAGUUGAAUCUCUCACUGAAAAUGUUACCUUCUUGCAGGAAUUUCUUGAUGCUUAUAUUUCCCCAGUUGUGGAUGACCAUGAGGCGGAACUAUUGGAGCGUCGCAUUGCUGAUGCAGUUUAUGCAGCUGAAGAUGUCAUCGAAUCCCAAAUUGUGCUUCAAAUUCAUAACAGAUCCACAAUUAUUGGAAGAUGUCCAGUUGACAACCGAUCCACAAUUCGUGGGAAGAUAUCCAGUUUUAUCAAAUUGUUUCAAGCUCGGUGCAAAUGCGCAACAAAUGAUAGAAAUGCAUCUGAGGACUUCUAUCACGAUCUACAACAAGUGAUAGAAGAAAUGAAUUUGAUCAAGAAUGAAGCCAUGGAGAUUGCAACCGCAGCUGAUCAACUGCAGAGAAAGGUCUCCUCAACUCAUGCUGCCUCCUCUUCCACUGUGAUCAAGAAGGAUACCUUGGAGAUUGCUGCCGCAGCUCAACUGCAGAGAAAGGUCUCGUCAAGUACUCAUACUGGUUCCACUUCCACUGUGAAGGAAAUCAUGAUGGUGGGCUUCGACGACGUGUUACUUGAAGUGUUGGAUAAGCUCACCGGAGGCCAACGCAGUCGCCAGAUCAUCCCAAUAAUGGGGAUGGGCGGCAUUGGUAAGACCACUCUUGCCCGACAUGUAUUUGAGCAUGCGCUUGUUAAACAACAUUUUGAUAUUUGUGGUUGGACUACAAUUUCUCAAACUUAUAAUGUUAGAGAAACCCUUAGAAAAGUUUUUUCCCAAGUAAGUGGAAAUUCAGGUAGUGAUGAUCUGAGUGAAGGAGAAUUGGGAUUAAAACUAUACCAGUAUUUAUGGGGUAGGAGGUAUCUCAUAAUUAUGGAUGAUGUGUGGAGUACAGAGGUGUGGGACAAGAUCAGGUCUUCCUUUCCUGAUUGCAAUAAUGGGAGUCGAAUAAUUGUAACAACUAGGCUCUCAAACUUGACUUCGCAGUUGGGUGAGUCUUAUGGCGUUGGUAUGAAAUUUCUAGAUGAGGCUAGUAGUUGGGAUUUGUUCACCAACACUGUGUUUGGGGGAGAAAGCUUUCCACCUGAGUUGAAGAAAAUUGGAAAGAAUAUUGUAGCAAAUUGUAAAGGGCUUCCUUUAUCAAUUGCUACAAUUGGAGGUCAUUUGGCAAAAUCUGAGCGCACUACAGAAUAUUGGAUGCGUAUAGAGCAAAAUUUAAAUUCAAUUGUCAUUACGAAUAAUGAUGAAUUUUGCUUGAAAAUAUUGCGAUUGAGCUAUACCUAUCUGCCCAACUAUUUGAAGCCAUGUUUUUUGUAUAUGGGUGUUUUUAAGGAAGAUAGUAGAAUUCGUGUCUCAAUGCUGAAGAAGCUAUGGGUUUCAGAAGGAUUUUUAAAACCCGUGAGUGGAAAAUGUUUGGAAACAAUAGCAAAAGAGUACUUGAAGGAGUUGGUAGAUAGAAAUCUGAUUUUAGUUGAUAAGUUGGGAUUUAGUGGAAAUGCAAAGUUUUGUAAGAUUCAUGAUUUGUUGAGGGAUUUAUGCUUGAAAGAAGUUGAAAAGGAGAGGUUUUAUCAUAUCAUAGAAAAGACUCCUUCAGUCAUAGAUAACGAAUGUCGUCGGGUUGUUCUUAAAAAUGCUGGAAGAAGGAUAAUACGUGAAGUCUCAAGAUCUUUGUCGCAUGCUCGUUCUAUAAUAUGUGAUGACGAGGGGAAAAACUUUGAAAUGCCUCACAAUUUUAAAUUGUUGAGAACAUUCAAAGCAUAUGAUAGAGAUACAUUAUAUCGAAAUGGAGAUGAUGGUGAUCAUUUCCUAGGCGAUGUUUUUCAAUUGGUGAACUCACGGCACCUUGCUGUUAGAAUUCAUAUGAAGUCCAAAUUCCCGUCUUCGAUCAAUUUGCUUUGGAAUCUAUAUACGUUAAUAGUUGCUCUGUCUCCAUUGGGAUUGCAUCCGCAUGAUCUUAUUGCACCGAUUGAGAUUUGGAAAUUGCAUCAACUUAGGCAUCUCGAGUGUAUGGGAACAGGAUUGAUUCUACCAGAUCCUCCGAGUGAGAUGGUUAUCAUGGAGAAUCUACAAACGCUCAAAGGAGUAAUGAAUUUGUAUUUGAAUGAGGAGGUGGUUCAAAGAAUUCCCAAUCUCAAGAAAUUGCAUCUAUUUUACAAUUUUAAAGAUAUGGAGGGUUGUCUCAUCAAGAGCUUGAGUGAAUUGAAACAAAUGGAGAGAGACAACUGUUUCAGCUAUCUUGAGUGUCUGAGUAAAUUGGAAAACUUGUCCUGCGACAUCUAUUAUGGAUAUGAUGAGUAUUUGCAGAGGAUUAGUUUCCCACACUCCCUCAAAAAGUUGAAUUUGAUUGUCAAUAAUGUGGAGUUGGAAGAGAUAUUGCAGAAGAUAGCGUGUUUGCCCCUUCUUCAGAAGUUAGUAUUACAAUAUGGUAUCUUCAAAACAGGCAAGUGGGACACUAUUGAGGGCCAAUUCCGGAGCCUCAAGCUACUACAAUUGUACUAUUGUAAAGGUCUAGAAAAUUGGACGAUGGCAGAGAGCUCCCACUUUCCAGUUCUCCAGGAGCUCCGUCUUCGAGGUUUGCGACAAUUGGAGGAGAUCCCUUCUGAAGUUGGAGAAAUAGCAACGCUGAAAUCAAUUACUUUGGAACAUUGCAGUGAAUCAGCAGUAGUGUCGGCUAAAAAGAUAGUAGAAGAACAAGAGGAUUUAUAUGGAGACCAACUUGACCUUCAUGUUCGAGCUAUACUUUGGUACAGAGACGAAAGACUGCAGAGCUUGGCAAGUCCCAACUUUGAAGUUACAGUGUAA